UUGAGCAUUGUAUUCCACUGUAUGCACGACACAAAGUGGUGGGACGUUUUGAAGUGUUACCAUGGAAACGGGGAGCCAUGUUAAGCCUAAUGCGUGCGUCGAAGAGAGCAACUAUUCAAACAAGCCACAUCUGGAUGCAAGCCAGAACAAAACAUUUCUUACUGACCAGCACGAAACAUGCAUUGACGGCUGUACAACAACGGCGAUUCCACCUGCAUGUCCAACCGCAAUGGGUUCAAGUGAUUGCACUUCUCACUGCGAUUUGUGCAAAGUCGAUGAGCUUCAAGUAGAAGCUGUUGGAUUUUGUAUCAACUGUACCGAUUUCCUGUGUCGAAACUGUUUAUUAAACCACACCAAGAUAAAGGUAACGCGUUCUCACACAAUUUUACAAGGAGAAAACCUACCCACUGAUCCUGAACCAAUAAUAGCCGUGCGUAAACUAGUGAAAUGUGAUAUACAUCCUGAAUAUGAUAUUAAAUUUGUAUGUGCUGAACAUUCGACUACUAUCUGCGCAAUGUGCCUCACAGACCAACAUCGAAUGUGUACUUUCCAGAAAAUCAGUGAAUUAAAAGAAGAGUAUCGAAGGAAAGAAGCGACGGUAAAAGCCAACCUACUAGACGUUCAUCAACGCAUAGAGGAGUUUAAAUUAAAUCGAGACAAAUAUAUCGGUACAAUUGAAGCUCAGCAAAAGCAAGUUAUUUCGGAAGCACAAGGAUUUGCACAACAGCUUAUUGAAAAGAUCGUAACGCUCACUACAAAAGUGGAAGAUACUGUAAAUGGGCACUUGGAUAAAGAAAUCAGUACCACCAAAGAAAGUCUACGUGAUGCAGAUAAGUUGUUCCAGGAAAUUAAAAAAAUCACAGUCUUAUUUGAAGCGGCCCAGCAGUAUGGUAAUUCAGAAGAGUGCGUCCUUGCGUCACGUCAUAUUGACCAUAAGGUCAAGGAAAUCUUUCGAAAAAUAAGUUUGUUGGAAAGUCACGAGGAUAAACACAUUUCGUUAGAGAAAAAUGUACAAUUACAUAAGUUAGAUACUAUUUGUUAUGUAACGCUUUUAGGAACAAAACAGCAACCAGGAAAAGAAAAUGCGAGUGAUGAAGUCAUGGAACAGCUUCAAAUAAAUGAACGAGAUGACAGCAAACUUAACAUUACAACGCGCGAGUGCGGGACAUCAUGCGAUCUUUCUGUAUUGAAGUGCAAUAAGGAAGUACAAACCGUUGACGCAGAUGCGCAAUCUACUUCAGAAGCGAUGCUCGUAAAAUCGCCUGACCAAUCAAAUCCGCCUUUAAUUAAGAGACCUUAUAUCGAUCGGACUGUUUUGCCAAAUGCAUCUACAUGUAAAAUAAGUUCCACUAACGAUUCGUUGAAUUGUUUUGUCACUGCUAUCGUUACCCUUCAUAACGGGAAGACGUUGAUAGCUGAUCGGAAUAACAAAAAGAUAAAACUUUUGUCAAAAGAAUUUGUUGUUUUGGAGGAAUAUUCUCUCUCUGGGUGUCCGAUCGAUAUGUGUGUUGCUGAUCAGCACGUUUACGUAUGUUGCUUGAAUGAAAGGAAAUUAUUACGCUUUAUGAUAAGCGGGGAUGGAAGGUUGAUUCAGGCGAGCGGAUAUGCGACUCUUUAUUGGCCUGUGAGCCUGUCUUCAUUUGAUGACAAAGUGCUUGUUCUGUGUUUCAAGCAUGAUAGUGUGUUGGAUACGAUCAGAAAAGAAAAUGUUAUUAUCGAAAUUAGGAACAGAAGCAAACUCGACGCAUCUUUUACUAAACAGGAUGAAAAUGGUCAUCAUAAAUACAUCGAUUACGCUAAACGGAUUAUGACCAUUGAUUCAUAUUCUAUCCUGCUUGCAGAGAAUGAGCGUGUGUCUUGUUACAGUAUCGACCAAGCCGAAGAUGAUGUCAGCGUUAGGAAAUGGUACUAUACAAAUCAUGGUCAAAAUAUUUUGCAAAAUGCUAGAGGUGUAGCUUUAGAUAAGGAGGGAAAUGUUUAUAUUUGCGGCGAAACGUCGAAUAAUGUCCACCAAGUGUCAUCCAAAAACUAUCGUAAAGGCAAAGUUAUAAUAACAAAUAUAAAUAAACCAUUUUCCGUCUGCGUGGAUUCUGCGAAUGACAGAUUAAUAGUCGGUUGUUGCAACGAUAAUUAUAUACAUGUGUUUAAUUUCCAAAGACUGUGUUAAAAUGAAAAGAGACGAGUAUGUAAAGAGUAAUAUUUUUUAUGAGUUAAACGCCAGUGUUAACGUUUUGUAGUUAAACGAUAUCGUUUAUAAUUGUGACUUACAACGUUGUCUUGUGAUGGUUUUAGCGAAGAAACUCUGCGAUCUUCUUGUAUACCGACGUUACUGAAUGCUUUGAUUUCAAAUCUCAAAUGCGACAUAUUGUAACUGUUUAUUACGGUUUUAUUUACUUUAAAUUAUUUAAAGCUAUUGCUUAUAACAAACCAUUCUCAUCGUUUCAUUAUCAUAUGAACAAUCGUGUGUUGAGCUACGUGUUACCAUUCACCAUGAAUUAUGUUUGUUGUUUUGACAAGAAAUAUAUAUGAUGCUUUUCUUAGGUAGGUAUACAAAUGUGUUUAGAUAUUUAGGUAUAGUUAUUUUAAACUGUAAUGUAUUAAGUUUUUUCUACUCUAUAUUUAACGUCUCAGUUCAGUGUGUUUAUUAAAAUAACAUUUUAAUACUAUUCACCACAAUCACCAAAGGAGAUGGCCGAACAACAUUUUAAAUACUUAAAUCACGAUCAACAAGUUUGGAAGAAAUAUAUCAUAACUAUCGAAUCAAUGCGCCCUGUCAAAUCGUUACACAUAACACUUUCUGUUCAACGGAAUGUGACAAAAAGAGUAUUGUGAGAAAAUCUAUAAUAAAAUUAACACAAUAUGUAAAUGUUAUUAUUGUUCCUUUUUGACGAUGCUGCUUCAGCGAAGCAGCUCGUACGAUGCUGCUUCAGCGAAGCAGCUCGUCUAAGUUA